GAAUGUAAGGUUAUGUUUUGUUAUAGUUAAUCGUAAAUUUUGUUUACUCUACUAGUUUAACAAAUAAAACAACCCUUAGUGAUGGCGGACAGGCUAACACAAUUGCAAGAUUGCAUAAAUAAACAAGCGGAACAUUUUUGCAACAGUAUCGGAAUCCUCCAGCAGUUCGCUCCGCCUAGUAAAUUCCCAAAUUUCGACAGGAGCGGGUCGCAGACGCCUCAACAACAGCACAAUCAAGAAGACUACGUUCAGUUGUUCACUACGCUAAUCGCGAGGUGCGCCAAGGAUAUCGAUACGCUCAUCGAAUCGUUACCGAGCGAAGAAAACUCCACCGAACUGCAAUUGCAGAGCUUGAAAACCCUGGAGAAAGAGAACCAAGAGGCAGCCGACAGGCUCGAAGCCGUAGUGCGGAACGGCCAGGAAUUGCUGGAGAAAAUCCAAUCGGCCCUCAGCGACAUAGCGCAAGCGCAGCUCGACAUGCAGCAUUUAACCAAAUCCAUCGCCGAAGGCAAGGAAUUGCAUUGAACUACUUCCCUAUUAUCCUUUAAGAUUUUUUAUAUCGAAUUUAUUAUUUCUUUACUAUUAAAUUAUUUCAAAUGUUCAGAUAUGCUUUUUAACAUCAAAAAAGUAUUAAUUUUCGACGCAGGAAUCCAGCAAACAUUUAGUUUUGAUCACGUUGGCGUAGUAUUUGGACGAGUCCUUGGCUAUCCUGGGUAGAGAAGGAUCGGACUGAUUAACGAAGUAAAUCCCCAAUUUUCC